GACUGUGUUCUCCAAUCCGAUUAUUGGAAAAGUGGUGACAACUACGAAACUACGAGGGUUAUUUAGAAUUUAGGAUGAGCAAAGCGAACGGUAAAGGAAUUACAAAUGAACAUAGAACCGAGUCGUACACGAAUCAUGGAUUCAACGGAUCCAGAGAUAGUUUGAAUCUCAGCAACUCGAAUAAUUCUCAAAUUCUGCGGGACUCGUAUAACAGUCACCAAGGAAUUCAAGGGUCUUCAGAUUUUAUACUUGUGGAGGAACCGGGGGAUGACGUGAUUGAGAACAAGGACAGCCUCUUAAAUUCGGCGUUGCAGUGCACCAGGCGACGCCUGAGGUCAGUUUGCACGAAGAAAACCGUUUAUAAGAGGCUACCGAUUUUAAACUGGUUGCCGAGAUACAAUGUACAGGACACGCUCGGUGAUCUUGUUGCUGGUGUCACUGUCGGCCUCACUGUUAUUCCACAGUCAUUAGCUUACGCUAAUGUGGCUGGUUUGCCGCCUCAGUAUGGAUUAUAUGGUAGCUUUUUAGGCUGUUUUAUUUAUAUUAUAUUUGGAUCCUGCAAGGACACACCAUUAGGACCUACUGCCAUUAUUUCCUUACUCACUUCUCAAACUCUUUCGCAUCUUGAUGCACCAAUACAGCAUGCAGUAUUACUUUGUUUCUUAGCUGGAGUGAUAGAACUAGCAAUGGGUAUAUUUGGUCUUGGAUUUUUAAUUGACUUUGUGUCUGGCCCAGUCAGUUCAGGCUUUACAUCAGCAGUAGCUUUAAUAAUUAUUACAUCACAAAUAAAAGACAUCCUUGGUGUACCCGCCAAAGGAGCACAGUUUCUGGAAAUGUGGAAAAGUCUUGUCGGAGAGGUACACCAAACUUCUGCUUGGGAUGCUGCACUCGGUGCUACUUGUAUAGCUCUUCUUUUACUUCUUAGGCUUCUAGCAUCGUACAAAAUUGGCCCUGUAGACGAAGAAUUGCAAACCUCAAAAUAUCGUACUAUAAAUAAAAUCAUUUGGUUAAUUGGUACAUCACGGAAUGCGUUUCUGGUGGUAUUUUGUGGUCUUUUGGGCUAUAGUUUUAAAGGAGAAUCUCCCUUCAAAUUGGUUGGACACAUACCAGGGGGUAUGCCUAUGGUACAAUUACCACCAUUUGGUUAUACCAAAAGUGAUAAUACAACAGUAACUUUUGUCGAGAUGGUUUCAAAUUUGGGAAGUGGUAUUCUGGUUUUACCACUCAUUUCCUUAAUGGAAGACAUUGCUAUUUGCAAAGCAUUUUCAAAUGGAAAAUCAGUUGAUGCAACACAAGAACUAAUCGCACUUGGAAUGUCAAAUAUUGGCAAUUCUUUUGUUCAAGCUUUUCCUGGUUCAGGAUCUCUUAGCAGAAGUGCAGUAAACAAUGCUUCUGGAGUUAGAACCCCCAUGGGUGGUAUUUAUACAGGUGCUCUAGUGAUAUUAGCCCUUUUGUUUCUCACACCAUACUUUAGCUACAUACCAAAAGCUACAUUAGCAGCCAUUAUUAUAGCUGCAGUAAUAUUUAUGGUAGAAGUUAAAGUAGUAAAACCAAUGUGGAGAACGAAAAAGUCAGAUUUAAUCCCAGGGUUGGGAACGUUUAUCGCAUGUUUAAUAUUACAACUAGAAAUUGGAAUUCUUUGUGGUAUUGGAAUAAAUAUUUUAUUUAUUCUUUACCAUGCAGCUCGUCCAAAAAUAUCCGUAGAAAAACUUACCACGCGACAUGGUAUUGAAUAUCUCAUGUUAACACCCGACCGAUGCUUAAUUUUUCCAUCGGUAGAUUAUGUAAGAAAUUUGGUAACAAAGUACAGUCAACGGGCUGGAGACGUUGCUACUCCAGUUGUAAUCGACUGCUCCCACAUUUAUGGAGCAGAUUUCACGGCAGCAACGGUAAUCGAAACGUUGACAAGAGACUUCGCGUUAAAAGGACAACCACUAUUUUUCUACAAUUUGAAACCUUCUGUAUACGCAGUAUUCGAGGGUGUUGCGUCAACUGACUUUGUUGUAUAUUAUACCCAGGAAGCGCUGGACGAUCUUCUGAAAAAUAGAGGGUACUUAAAACAAAUUAAAUAG